AUGAUCCACUCAAUAAUAUUAUCUAGUCUUACCCUCCUCGCGAGCACAGAAGCGAGUCAAAGUAUCCUAGCACUCCUCCCAUCCCCAGACCUCUGCAAUACCUACGAGAAAAACGCUCUCCUAAACACCGCCCACAUCAACGCCUUCCUAAAUUCCUCAAGCUGUUAUGAAGCCUCUCCAAAACGGCCGUUGGCAAUUUCAAAGCCCACACCCCCAAAAACAAAUAACAAAUGGACCACCAAACCCAUAUGUCAGCACAACGCCGAGAACCAAGAAUUCUGCGUCUACACCAACACCCACUACGCCAACAACCGCGGAAUUUCGUUCUUCACCACUCCCUCCAUAGCCACCAAGGUCCUCUCCCUCCCCGCCUUCACCAACCCCUCACUACUGGACUCCGCAAACGAUUUCGCCAACGCACCCUGGGAAGUGCGGAACAUUCCCGGGAAAGGAAAGGGGCUUUUCGCAACGAGGAAGUUAGAACGGGGAGAUUUGAUCCUAGCGAAUACACCAUUGGGAGCUUAUAAUACGCAUGCGUUCACGGCGGAUCCUGGACUGGCACCUGGUUUGGGGUAUCAGUACUUGAGGAAGACGUUGGAGCAGCUGCCUGAGAAGAGUCAGGAGAGUUUUCUGGGGGCUGCGACGCAUGCGGAGGGAGAUGUGGUGGUAGAGAGGAUCAAAACUAAUGCCUAUGUGGGGGAGAUUGGGGGGGGUGGUGCAUUUUAUGAUGUAUCCUGAAACCGCGGUGAGUUUGUAUCUGCCUCUUUUCCACUUCCUAUCUAGGAAAUUCUGGUAUUGUAUGGGAACUGAUGGGUUUGAGUAGAUUAUAAACCAUGACUGUCGUCCAAAGUAAGAACGUCUUACUUGUAUUGAAAUUUAAUAAUAGAACUAAUGAGUACAGCUCCAUGUAUUACCACAGUGCAACCACACUCACCCACUCCACUCACGCAUCACGAACUAUCCAUCCCGGCGAGGAAAUAACCGUCAGCUGUAACACUCGCCCACCCAUUCCCACAUACAAUACAAAGAAACUUACCAAAGCCAGACAUCAACCCCCUCCAAUUCCGCAAGGAAAGACAUGAAGCCCUAAACAGGUGGUGGGGAUUCACAUGCACCUGUUCACUCUGCUCAGCCCCCGACGCAGAACACCACCACUCAGACCAAAACAUGGAGAAAAUAGUCCAACUCCAGACCGUACGUACUUCUCCUCCUCUCCCCAUUCACCCCUCCCCUUCCAACCUUCCCAUUCACCUAUAUCCACCCACCUCUCACAUCCCCCAAGGAACUCUCAGACUGGACACCCACCUCCCCCGCAACCCCCAAACUAGCCGAGAAGCUAGUGAAAACCUACAAAGACGAGGGUCUCCACUCCGUAAUAAACAUCGGCCAUAUGUUCGCGGCCUUCACAUACAACGCGGUAGGGAACGUCGCGAUGGCGUUCGAGCAUGCGGGGAAAGCUGUUGAGACCAGUAUGGGGGGUACGGGGAGUGUCAAUGAUGAUGAGGUGGAUAUGUGGGCUUUGUUGCAGAAUCCCAAGGGACAUUGGAGUUAUAUGAAGCGAGUGAGAUUU